GGCGCGCUCCGCUAAGCGAAGAAGGCGUGGGGGUCGGGGCUCGCGUUGCUGGAAUCAGCUGUUUCCUCAGAGCUGACCCUCCGCGAAUGACAGAGGCCAGGGAAGAAAGUGUUCGUGGAGUCAUCUCUUCUGGAAUAUGGAUACCAGUGAGGAUCUUGUUUGAAACAUCUUUCUUCUUUAUGGUUUUACUGGGGAGGAUUGAGCAAAAUGAUAGUAACACAAAUUGAAGCAAAAGAGGCCUGUGACUGGCUGAGAGCGGCUGGCUUUCCACAAUAUGCCCAGCUCUUUGAAGAUCUGCAGUUUCCGAUUGAUAUUGAAAUUGUGAAAAAUGAUCAUGAAUUUCUGGACAGAGAUGCAAUGGAAUCAUUGUACAGGCGUUUGAACACAUUGAAUAAAUGUGCGACAAUGAAGGUUGAAAUAAGCCGACAGAGAAAACGGAGUGAUGAGUCUGAAGAAGAUGAACCAUGUGCAAUAAGCAACAAGUGGUCGUAUCAAAGACAAAGCCAGAGAUGGUCCCGGCUUGAGAAUUUAGAUUGUUUUGCAGCAGAAGCACCACCAGUAUUGUCCUUGCCAAACAGUCCAAGGCUUAAAAGUGAAAAGGAUAUGUCAGAUCAGGGAGAAAAAAAGGAUGUUUCCUCAUUGCACAGCUCAAGUAGUGGUGAGAGUGACAGCUUCUCCAAGAGGCACGAAGAUUUAGAAACCAGUAGAAGCUCUUCCAGAUGUUCUUCAGUUAAACUUGUCUCUCCAGACAUAGCCUUAAGUGUUUCCCCUUCUCCCAGCGAGGGGCUAAAUAUCAUCAGUGAGGAAAAGUUGCAUGACAAGCCACCUAGUAAAAGGGGAAAAAGUUUGCUGAGGAAAAUGGAAAAUCUACGCUUGAGAAGCUCGACCGUAAAGAGAAAUGCACUUCCGAAAGAGAGGCCCAGCAUCAGCGGUCCUGUUCUGCUGGAGGGACUCAGUGAUGAUAAGUUACGGAACCUAAACUGCGUAAACAUUUCAGAUCUGGCAGAUGCCCAAAGCAAAGAGGGAAUUUCAUGUUCUUCUCGGACGUGCAGCAGCAGUAGUCCGUCUGAAAACAGCAGCACUGUGAGCACCCCGAGCCCUGUUAUAAGAGUGAGGAGCCACAUGAAAAGAGGUGGCAUGUAUGAUGAAGACUUUGACCCUACAAAACUUGCUCUGUGGAAUGACAUAUCCGAGCAGAAUUUUAGAAAUGAGAGGCACUUGCAUCAAAAUCAGGUGUUCCAGAUACCGCAGGGUCAUAAACCAGGGACAUUCCCGAAAGCACUUACAGACAGUAUCUUAGCACCUAUAGAUAACACCUCUGUAAAUUGGAGAACUGGAAGCUUCCAUGGUUGCAAUCGGAAUAGGAUGCGAUCUAGUAGCUCGAAAGAUACAGAAACGCCCCCAAGUCCUCUCUCACUUGCUGACAAUCGGCUAAGCAUAUAUGAUAACGUGCCAAACCAUCCCUUCCAUUUUAACAAGCUUGAGCCCCCGGGAGAUGACGACGUCUUUGCAGAACUAGACAGCGUUAUGGAGCAUGUUAAUGGACUGCGGAAACUGGUCAGUGAAUGGUCAGAAAAGUUCUCCGAUGAUGGGGACUCUGAUUUUGCUAAUGAUUCUGCCUCACCUUGCCCAUCAUCGCCAAACACAAUCCACCUUGAAGUGAACGAGCAUUUAAACGGCAAGUCAAAAACUGAGGACCUUGGGGACUUAGACAGCUGCAAACCCUGCACGGAUAGCGACUCUUCGAUUUUGCCAUACAUUACUGUUUCUGAGAUUGGGUCGUCUUUAACAGAUUGUAGCAGACAAAGUCCAGAGCCUGAGAACCUCUCCUUCCAAAUUGACAGCCAGUCAGCAGCCCACCUGAACCGGAUUCAGAAACUGGCUUUGCUGAAGCUAACGGCUUUGAUGGAUAAAUAUUCCCCUUCUAGCAAACAAGGGUGGAACUGGACUGUGCCCAAGUUUAUCCGUAAAAUCAGAGCCCCGGAUUACAAAGAUAAGAAUGUGUUCGGUGUUCCGUUUCUGAUAAAUGUUCAAAGAACAGGCCAUCCGCUGCCGAAGAGCGUCCUCCAGGCGAUGGAGUAUUUGCGCAUCCACUUUCUUGAUCAGGUUGGUCUUUUUAGAAAAUCGGGUGUUAAAUCCAGGAUUCAGUGUCUUCGAGAAAUGAAUGAAAUGGAUCCGACUUUUGUAAACUAUGAAGGGCAGUCUGCGUUCGAUGUGGCAGACUUGGUGAAGCAGUAUUUCCGGGAUUUGCCUGAACCUAUAUUCACAAGCAAGCUGUGUGAAUCUUUCUUGCAUGUUUAUCAAUAUCUGCCAAAGGAUCAGCACUUUUAUGCUGUUCAAGCUGCCAUACUACUGCUUCCGGAUGAAAAUCGGGAAGCCCUUAAAGUCCUUCUGUACUUCCUCCGUGACGUGGUCGCCUGUGUGAAUGAAAACCAGAUGACUCCUACCAACAUCGCCGUGUGCCUUGCCCCCAGUCUGUUUCAUCUGAACACGCUUCGGAGGGAAAGUUCGUCAUCUUCUAGGUCAAGCCAGAGAAAAUACAGUCUUGGUAAACCUGACCAAAAGGACCUGAGUGAGAACUUGGCUGCAACUCAGGGUCUCGCUCACAUGAUUGCCGAGUGCAGCAGGCUCUUUCAGUUGCCUGAAUAUUGUCGUGACCUGUGUCCCGGGUUUGGACAAACUAGCCAAACUGAAACUGUAAGCACCGUAAAUGCAUCGACAACCUCAUUAGCAGCUCACUGCAACACUCUGAUUUCCUUGGAAAAUGCAAUGCAGAGCCUUCUCCGAGAUGCCAAGGACAAGUUCCGGAGCUGGGUAGCAUGUUCUGGCUUUGAGAACGUGGACCUGGCUUAUAAGAAGGUAGAGAGUAAUGACUAUCCACUCAGGCUAUGGAAAGUCUCCGUUGAAAUUGAAGCCACGCCUCACAUGGUGUUACAACACAUUCUAAGGGAGCAGCAUACAUGGGACCCAAAUCUCAAUCAGUCCAAGAUUAUUGAGACAUUGGAUGAAGAUACCGAAAUUUACCAUUACUCAACAGAAAGCAUGUCCUCUUUGCCAUCCAAAGAAUAUGUGGUUUUAAGGACGUGGAGAACAGACCCACAAAGUGGCACUUGCAUACUGGCAGCUACUUCAAUUGACUGUGAAGAUGUUGCUGUCACUGGCAUUCUGGGACAUGUAGUUUUAUGCCAGCAUCUUAUAGAGAACAUUGGAAAUCAGAAGUGUAAAGUGACUCAUGUGUGUAGGACAGACACGAGAGGGCAUACAACUGAAUGGUACAGUAGAGUAUUUGGCCACAUGUGUGCUGCGGAGAUAAUGAGAAUAAAAGACUUGUUCAACAAGAAGAGAACAGGGAAGCCGUGAAAUAAGCAGCCUGGUCUUUUUGAA